UUAAAAUUCCUGUUUUUGUCUGAAUUUUCCGUCACAAUUCAACUGAACUCCACAAUGAAACCAUAAACACUACAUAAAAUAACCCUCAAAUUCUUUGAAGCUUUUUGUCCAAAUUAGUUCUGACCAUGUACGAGACAUCCGAUCCUCAAGCUAGAUUUUUCGUGCCCGUUUCUUGCAAUCAGAGCGACCAACUCGGCAGUGUACUUAACUACGUCGCUGGUUCGGAUCUCAUCCGCGGUGAACUCGGUGCGUAUGGGGAGAAAAUCUUAGGAUCAGGGUCUGAGUAUGUUCAAAGCAGUAUUAGCCGAUACAUUUCCAAUCCUCGAUAUUACUUUCAAGUGAACGACGACUACGUGAAAAAUAAGCUGAAGGUGGUUUUGUUUCCGUUUCUGCAUAAGGGACACUGGAUGAGAACAGUGGAGCCUGCUGGAGGGAAAUUUUCAUUUAAGCCUCCAAUACAUGAUAUCAAUGCUCCUGAUCUCUACAUCCCCAUGAUGGCAUUUGGGACUUAUGUGCUUCUUGCUGGCUUCUUCUUGGGCAUCAAUGGAAAGUUUAGCCCGGAAUCCCUGGGGGUACAGUUUAGCACAGGACUGCUCUGCUGGCUGCUACAAGUCCUGCUGCUGGAGGCCACACUCCACUCUUUAGGAGGCGGAGAAGUACCAUUGCUCGAUAUGGUUGCUUAUGCAGGCUACACGUUCGUCGGGGUGAUCGUGGCUGUUAGGCUGCUGGCUGACUUCUUAUUUUGUGUGGCAACUUUGUGGGAAAGCUUGUGCAUGGGAGUGCUGCUGGUGAAGACUAUGAAGAGGAUACUGAUUUCGGAAGUACAAAGUUUUGAGAAAAAUUCGACCAAACGUAACUACAUUUUGCUGUUCACGGCUGCUGCUCAGAUUCCGUUGUUAUUUUGGCUUGGAAGCGUCAGUGUUGAAACUCGCUGAGCUUUGGUUUAUUACAAUGUUAUGCUGUGGUUCUUGAUUAGUAUGUUUACGGUUGAAGGCCACAUGUACAAAUAAUUCAGGUUCUUAUAAGGGAAUUAGUCGAUGUAGUCAUUUGAAAUGAUUCAUGUUUGCGCAAAUUUGUGUACGUAAUGAGAAUAAAUUGCGAUUACAAAAUUCGAUAUAUUUUAGUGUUGAUUACAACGAUCGUAGGGGUAUGUCAUAAUUGAGGAAAUUAUCACUAAAAUGACGCAAAUGCCCUUAAGAUAGGCCCUUUUUAUAGGGUCGGACCAAAAGAUCCGUGCCCUCUCGCUUCGGAUCGGGUUGCAGGACCGUACCCGGACUCGUGAUCCGACUCAGAACACCCAUCGGAGACUAUUGAUUUUCCUAAUCUAUCAGGUAGGAUCCUGACAUGUGGCACAAUACAAUUAGACCCCUUAUAUACAAGGAAGUGGACCCAUUCAAAUAUUAUAAAUACCUCAUGAAUAGUUCAUUUAUGGGAAGACAUUUUAUUACACCUGAACCCACACUAAAUACUUUGAGAUCGCUCUGUUCUAUCUCGAACCUCUUUACUGACUUAGGCAUCAGAGAGUCUUAGCUGUGGAUCUCUAACAAGCCUAACGAUUUGUUUUUUUGUCAUGUCCCAAAACCAUUCCAAGGAAGUGAAGUAGUUGAUGACCUGCAACCCGGAUUAGUUCCAAGGACGCGAGGUAGCUGAAGACCUGCGACCCAGAUCAGUUGCCGCUGUCUGUAAGAAAUUGAGAAAGAAAAUACCUAAAAUUCGAAUUGGAAGGAAAUUCUGGAGGAGAACACACACCUAUAGAAGAAACACCACCAUUGGAACGAGGGGAGUAAACCCUUGUGAUACAAGAAGAGCAAAUGGUACGCUUGGUCCAUGAUGAAUUACAACUAGGGGUGGCAACGAGUCGAGCUCGAGUCGAGCUCGGCCAUUUUUGUUGAGCUCGAGCUCGAGCUCGACUCUGCAACUUCAAGCUCGAGCUCGAGCUCGAGCUCGCCGAGCUCGCCCAGGUUGAGCUCGAGCUCGAGCUCGACACUGCAUUCCCAAGCUCGAACUCGAGCUCGAGCUCGAGAAAUUGACCCCGAGCUCGAGCUCGAGCUCGUCAGCUCUAUAGCGCCUGGACCACGCGAACCACUCCAGGGUGCCUUAGGCGGACGAGUCGAGCCGCAUUUGCCCGAAUCACAUCCAAAAAUACACAAAUGGAGAUGUUACCUCCGACGUCACCGGCGACUCAAUAGAUGAUUCUGCAGUUUCAGAUUGA